CCAUGGCAACCUGUGGUGAAUCGUCCCUGGACAUCGUAGAAGGCUGGAAGCACCAUGACUGCAACUGUGGAAAUGAAGCUAUCAACUCCACGAUGUCAGAAAUAUCUGUCCAGAUGGUAGAACGUGUAAUGCUAGCAGGUGUGAUGAGCAUGUCCAUUGCAACUACAUCCAUAUGCCAGGGGGAGUUCGAUACAACUGCUCCUGUGUUCCUGGCUACUCCUUCAAUGAGGAAGGGCAAUGUGAAAAGGAUAAGACAGUGUAUCUGGUGGUGAUAGUUGUUGUAGCGGUAUUUCUUUUGGUAACAGCAUUGCUAGUGGGCUUCAGGUUCAUCCUAAAGACCAGGCCAGACAAGAUAUGCCAGCGGAACCCGUACAGUGAGGAUAUAAGCCCAUCACCACCUACACCUCCUCCAGAACCAAAUAACUACCCGCAUAAUGAGCCCUCAGACGUUCGGAGGGUCUACGAACCAAUCCCAAGUAUCCUAAACAGGCCGGUGAAUGGGGGUGGUGCUAUAGAUUACACCAUCGAAUCCAACAACGCUACCAACAACGAACCCAACAAUGAACCCGAGAAGAGGAUUCUCAUCAUAUCCACAGAAGAGACGGAAGAACAUCGCGAUGUCAUCUACAAGUUUGCAGUGUUCCUCAAGGAAUAUGCGGGUUUACUCCCCAUUAUUCCGUCCCAGCAUACGAACGACAUCCACAAAUUGACCCUUGAAACGUGGCUGUGCAACGAAAACAGACAAGCCUUCAAGGUGCUUUUCAUCUGCUCGCUGGGCAUGUUGGAUCGGUGGGUGCGAGAGAGAGAAGGUGACCCAAAUCCAAACAGGGGGAUACCAGUAGAAUCCGAAUUUGGCGAUCUGUUCAUACAGAUGAAACACAUCACCAGUACAGAGAGGCGCAAACUAGGAACGCUACAAAAGUUUGCAGUAGCAUACUUCAGUGAUUAUUUCAGUAAAAGAAUGGUGGAUGACAUAGAGCUCUUUAGAGGUAUGCCUUGCUAUAAUUUAAUGGCAGAUGUGGAGACACUUUGCUUUCGCCUAAAUGGUAUUGAGCAGAACACUCCAACGUCAAGUCGCAGGAUGCCACAGGUGAAGGAGUACGAAAGAGUCGAAGAAGGUCAGGCUCUGUUACGAGCCAUCAGGGUGAUGAAGUCAAGACAUGGCAUAGCCGCUCCUACACUAGGAACCCUGCGGCAGUUUAGCCAAGUAUCAACGGACAGUGACCGCACACCUACACCAGAGAGAUCUGUCAGUCCACACUAUGAACUGAACUCACAGGAAGGUUCGGAGAAUAGUGUUGCAUUCCAACCAAUCACAGAGGGUGCGCAAAAGGAAAUGGCGAGUGUUUCAGGAUUCUUCUCCAAUUCUUACAGUGAUAGUGAUGAUGAAAGCAGUAGCAACAGCGGAACGCACCAGGUGGAUGUUCAUCGUCACAGCGGCGAUGAUUCCGGAUUUACCCUAGCCCAGCCGGAUUAUAGACCGGUCGCAGCUGUCCCAUCAAAACCUGAUGACUACUCUUUAAAUGGACUAGACUCUGGCUUGAGCAGCCUUCCAAUAUCCCCCUUGUCAAGUCGAGAGGAUAGUGAUCCAAUGACUGGCCAUCUUGCAAGCCUUGAUGCUUCAGGACAUAUCCAACCCAUGCCAAUAAAGCGUCACGCAUGGAUGCCUGUGUUGUUCAUGUCCCAGCAAAACCUGAUGAAUAUUCCUUAGAUGUUCUAGACUCUGGCUUGAAUAGCCAACCAGCAUCCUGUAUGUCUGGUGCACAGGAGAGCUCAUUAGCAUGAGUCGUCUUAUCAUGCUAAAAUUGUCCAUAAAUGUUUUAAAUCAAUAUUAAAAUGCAUCAUGUUUCUACGCUUAUUGUUCAAAGCGGCAUCUCUAUUCAACUCGAUUAAAUUCACUUGAUAACUCAAUUAGGCAGUGUAUUCAUAAGCAUUAUCACCUUCUAAUUAAUUACCUUCUCUAAUUCUGUGCAAUCCUCCUGAGAUAAUUCAAUGUCUUACAUUAACCUUGGCUAGCAUGUUUUACAUUCCAAGAGCAGGACGAUGUAGUCACUCUCAGGAUAGUUCUGCCUUUUUCCAGCUUGUUUACGGUCUCAUGGCUCAUAUGAGAGAACCUUGAGAGAACAACCACUCCUGGGGGGUGUUUCACAAAGAUCCUAAGUAGAACUUAACACUAAGUUGGACUUAAAAAUUAUGGACAGCCA